AUGGCUGUGCAUGCACAAGAACUGCCUCUUGAUGGCGAUGGCUUGCACUCGAACAAUGUUCUGUCGUUCAACCCGUCAAAGGAUCCGCUGGGAGACGUGGACACGUACAGGAUGAUAUCCUCAGGAGAUGUGGAGGGAGAGUGGUCCAAGGACGAUGGCAGAAACAUCACAGAGAAGAUGAAGGAGCUGAUGACUUUCGGGAGCAUUGUUCAUGUCGAUGUCAAGCUGGUUGGAUUCGAUGGUGAUGGAAACUACGACGUGAAUGUGAACGAAGCUGAUUUCCUCCGCUACUUCGAGACCGUCUUGGAAGAGCAUGAGAAGGAGGCCAUGGUCUUGAAUGCACGCGCAGGGGCUCCCCACAGCCUUCCAAUCAGGCGCAAGUUCUUCUUCCGCGUAAUGAAGGCCAAAAAGAGUUUAAAUGAGGACCUGGCGAGCAGGAUACGUUCCUGGAUCGUGACGGAGAUGAAGGACGAAGACAGGGAGCGAGUCAUCAAGAACGGAUCUCCUGUGCCCGUCUCCAUCGUUGAUGACGUCAUUCGCAAGGAUUACUUGGAAUCAGACCCAUCCCAGACCCAUACCAUCUACAUCCUGAACCCGAAGAAGGUUUCUGCCCCUCCUAAGAAGGAAGAGGCUUCCAAGGCCGUAGAGGCGCACGACCCCGAUCAUCCUCCCUUCCAUGAAGGCGACCUGCCGCACGAGCCUGAUCCUGCAUGGAUGCAUGCGGCGUCCGAGCCGGAGUACAUUCCGUACUGGUAUGACGGGGCUCUCAAAGGGGGUAGCUCUCCUGGGGAGCAGAAGCAAAAGUCAGCAUGCGGGACGACGAUGUGGGCAGGACUGGAGAGGUACAUGUGGAUCGACCUGACAGCAGGCCCGAUCCUCUUCGGGCCUCACACCUCCGGGGAGGGCCUCGUGUCGGAGCUUUCGAUCCCCAGGCUGGACAACUUUCAAGUGGAGAGCCUAGACUGGAACGGAGGCCAUCACUUCGCCUACAUCCAAGAGUUCCUUGCCGAGCUAGUGUCCUUGGUCUGCAAGACCAGCGACCUGCUCAUCGAGCCCUCCCUGCAUCACUUUCCUGUCCCGCUGGCCAAGAAGCUUCGCCUGCACCUCGUUCACAUUACCAACGACCCCAAGGUCAGGACGCAGUACGCGGACGAGACGGGAUUCCUCGACGGGGUGCCGCAAGUGCGAGGGUGGGACAACAUUAAGUCGCAGCUGGGGCAUCUGGGAGGAAACAUCGCCGUCCAAGGGCAGACGAUCCUCUACAACCGCACGGUCGUUCAGCUCAAUGACUGCAAGUUCUGCCUGGCGGCCUACGCCGCGUCCUUGAAGAGCCACACCAGCACAGUGUUUCGCGGGCAGCUGAAGACGCAGGUGCACGAGUACCUGGACAGCAAGGAGCUGCACGAGCAGCUGCUCAACUUCCUGAACAAAGAGGAGCUCGGCUUCGCUCAGGAGCUCGGGAUCUUUGGGUGGGUUCCGACUCAGUUCCUUGACUUGGACUCAGCUUACAGGGAGCACUGGACGAUCCCCAUCUUCCUCUUCGACCUCCAGGACACGGCACUCAUCCUCCUCGACCGCUUCCACCAGGCAGUGUCCUUCCCGGAGAUGGUGAUUGCCCUCCAGACCCGCUCUAGCCCGGCGACUGUUGACUUCUCCUGCGCCGACGAGAUGAUCACGGUCGACCCUCGAGACGCGACUCGCCCAAUGCUGGGAGCGCUCCUGCAGACAGGCUGGGGGGUCGCUCCCACCCACGAGCACUUCAGCGGGAAGAAGCAGCAGGCGGAGGUCAACUACAUGUGGUCCGCUGCCGCCACCCCCUUCGGUCCGUUCUCUACCUCGGAGAAACUGACGUUCUCCCUCGUCGAUGCUGCACGGAGGAAUCUAGUCUUCUCCGCUCUUAACUUCUCGAUCGCCCAGGUCUCCUUGACCCUUGAGCAAUUCUCGAAGUUCGGCAAGAACAUGGAGGACGUGCUGCUGCCUAGCGAGCAUGUUCACUUCGUCCGCCGAUGGAACGUCUUGAAGUUCAAGAUCCUCAGAACCUCCACCUACCUCUCGCUCUUGAACUUCAACACGGCUCUCUUCUACGCCAGAAGCACAAGGCAUGACGUGAAGGCGAUAAGGAAUACUGUGCUGCAUGCCGGCAAGUUCGUUCACACUUACAUCGGAUGCUUGCACGACGAGAAGCCCUCCAUCCUGGCAUUUCUCGUCUACUUCUUCGCAGGAGCUGCUCUGCUGAUCAUGGCCUACGUCUUCCUGCACAAUCUCCUUGCUAAGAGGUCGAAAGCUGCUUUCAAGAAGAAGUUGUAA